AUGUUCGAUUUGGCUCCGCUAUUUAAUGCGUCCAUCUUGUUCGCAGAACAUCGUUACUACGGCGUAUCUCAACCGUUCGGUAAUGAAAGCUAUUCGAACGUCAAAAAGCUCGGCUUUCUUGCGUCAACACAAGCACUGGCUGAUUAUGCAAGAUUUCUGCCCUACUACAAGGCGAAUGUUCUGAACGACACUGAGGCGCCGGUGAUAGCUUUUGGAGGAUCGUAUGGCGGUAUGCUUGCUGCAUGGUUCCGAAUCAAAUAUCCCCAUAUUAUUGACGGCGCAUGGGCUGCGUCAGCACCAGUACUCUAUUUCAAAGGUGGCAAUGUUGAUCCAGGAGCCUUUGACAAAGUCGUAACGAAGGAUUUCGUUGAUGCCGGGUGUGAUCGUACAGUAAUCGAAAAAGGAUGGACGGCUAUUAGAAAGCUUGCUAAGACUAAAAAGGGUCGUGAGAUUCUUAAUAAUGUGUUCCAUGUUGACGAGAAAUCAUUGCUUCAAAAUGAAUCAAAUGCCGAAGACCUGAUUUAUUUCAUUCGCGAGGCGUUCGAGUAUUUCGCAAUGGUCGAUUAUCCGUACCCAACAAGUUUCCUGCAACCGUUACCUGGCUGGCCAGUUCAGGCGGCAUGUAAUCUUGUCAAAGAGCAGUACCCCAAACCACCAACAGAAGACGAAGAUUUGGUAAACUACCUGUAUAUUAUCUCGAAUCUUUAUUAUAACUCCACCGGAAGUGAGACAACGAACUGUGUCAUUUCGAAAGUAUGCGGUGAUCCAGCCACUAACGGUCUCGGCUCUGAUGCUCUCGGAUGGCCGUGGCAAUCCUGUACCGAACUUGUGAUGGAGAUAUGUGCAGAAGGUGGUAAAAAUGACUUCUUCUGGGAUGAAUGUAAAGAGGCUGGUGGUGUUCUCAAAAUGGUCAAGAGAUUCUGUCUUAAAACGUUCGAGGAUAUUGGUUACACCGAAAAGUUUUUGUUCGAAAAUGACGCUCCGAUUGAAUACGGUCUCGAAUUUGCUGCUGCUAGCAAUAUCGUGUUUACGAAUGGCAAUCUAGAUCCAUGGUCCGUGGGCGGAGUAUUCGAAGACACACCAGGCGUGAAAGAAGCCGCUAAGAAUGGUGUGUACACGUUCUUCAUCACUAAUGGUGCACAUCAUCUGGAUAUAAGACAGCCGAACACCUGCGAUCCAGAAUCGGUCAAAAAUGCUCGAUUCCAGGUAAAAAUUCAUUGUCUUCUGAAAUUAUGUUUUGCCAAAUUCUUGUAA